UGGUAUUUGUUAAGCGGAGAGGAUGUCACGUGAUCUUCAAUUCGUGCCCUAUGCCAUAAGCUCCAUUCACUAUCGUGCAAUCGUCCGGUUACUAUCCCUGUUUACAGGACCCGGAAUUUGGAGGGACUGAAGCGAAAUAUACAUUGUUUAUAGUUUUUCCUGCCGGACUUCCGUCUUGUCGUAGUGUUAAUCUUUAAAACAGGAUUGAAUGCAUAUUUUACGUGCCCAUUGGUCUUUGCCUGUUUGGAUCUAAGUUGCUCCAAAUCACCUCAUCGUAUUUAUUUCUCUUUUAUCAUCUAAAAAGGAUCUGAUUUUUCAUUUUGAUAAAGGUAGGGGAGUAGUUACAAAGUGCCAUCAAAAUGCCAGCAGACGCCAAAACCGAUGCCAAUGCCAAAGUACCAAUGAUUAGCACUGCUGCUACAAUACUAGGAGAAGAACCAGCAGGAUGUUGGAGAGCAACGGUGAAAUGGAUGAAGAUAAAUCUUCUUCUGAUGUUAACCAUCGUAGGGGUACUCUUGGGUAUUCUAUUAGGUUUCUUAGCUCGAAUGGGUAACUAUAGCGAUGAUGCUAUAGCGUUAGUUUCAUUCCCCGGUGAAAUACUCAUGAGGAUGUUGAAGAUGCUAAUUCUGCCGCUUAUCAUCUCAUCUAUGAUAUCAGGUCUAGCCCAACUGGAUCCCAAAGCUAGUGGUAAAAUGGGUGCGAGGGCAUUAGUUUACUACUUCUCUACGACCAUCAUGGCUGCUGUCGUGGGCAUUGUUUUGGUGUUAAUCAUCCAUCCAGGAGAUCCUUCCAUCAAGGAGAAUGUUGGCACUGGAACUGAAGAGAAAAAAGUCUCCACCCUGGACGCAUUCCUCGAUCUCAUACGAAACAUGUUUCCCGAAAAUUUACUCCAAGCCUGUUUCCAACAAGUGGAGACGAGUUAUUCGAAGGUAAAACCGAAAUUUGUGAAAGUAGCGGAUCUAAAUGAUUCCGUUUCCAUUGGUAGUAUUCUCAAUGAGACAACAUACAUUACCAAGAGAUCAUUGACUUACAAAGAUGGAACAAAUGUUCUUGGCCUGAUUGUGUUCUGUAUUGCUUUUGGUAUCUAUGCUGGUAACAUGGGACCCGAUGGUCGAAUCAUGGUUCAUUUCUUCGUAGUUCUGAACGACAUCGUCAUGCGCAUCGUCUACCUUAUCAUGUGGUACUCUCCAUUCGGUAUCAUGUCUCUGAUUGUAGGAAAAAUCAUGUCCAUUGCUGAUCUUGCUCUGACUGCUCAGCAGCUGGGUCUCUAUAUGUUGACUGUCAUCAUAGGGCUUCUCAUACAUGGUAUCAUAACGCUGCCUGGCCUAUAUUUUUUCAUCACUCGCAAAAAUCCCCUUACUUUCUUUCGGGGUAUGCUUCAGGCAUGGGUCACUGCUCUUGGCACUGCUUCCAGUGCAGCUACCCUUCCUAUUACUUUUAAAUGCCUGGAGGAGAAUAACCAUAUAGAUUGCAGGGUAACGAGAUUCGUUUUACCUGUAGGAGCUACUGUCAACAUGGAUGGGACGGCUCUUUAUGAGGCAGUAGCAGCACUUUUCAUUGCCCAAAUGAACGGUAUUGUCCUCUCACCAGGUGAAGUUAUUGCUGUAAGUUUAACUGCAACUGCUGCAAGUAUUGGUGCAGCUAGUGUACCUAGUGCUGGUUUGGUCACUAUGUUACUCGUACUAACAGCUGUAGGACUACCCACACAAGAUAUCUCAAUGAUCGUUGCCGUCGAUUGGCUCCUUGACCGUAUCCGAACAUCAGUGAACGUACUAGGUGACGCCUUCGGUGCUGGUAUAGUUUAUCACCUUUCCAAAAAAGAACUUGACCAAAUGGAUGCUGAACUUGCUGCAAAAGACGAACUAGAAAUGGUUGAUACCAGGAAAUUCUCAAUUGGUGGCAGAGGAAGUGUUGGAGGCGACAAAACCCACCACAAAGGGGGUGAAGAAAGCCAAAUUUAGACAAAACUAUGAAUUUCAUGAAAACCAAAAUUAAGUUUAAAAGAUUACAGUACAAUGCGAGUUUGGGAACAACUCAGAACAAUUUUGUGCUUAUUUUGAGUUUGAAAAUGGAAGCAUCUUUUGAAUUGAUUGAAAAUAAAAAUCCGUUGAAAUGAGUGCCUCAAAACCUCUGUGUUUUGAUUAGAACGCUAUUGCUUUAAAAAUCAUAAAAAAUGAUGGAAUUUAUUUUUGUGAAGUGAACGAAGUACUAAUUUGUACAAUUCUCGAACGCUGCGGAUUUAAUUGUUAAAAUUUUAGUUUCUUUCAUAAAAUAAAUGACGCCUUACGUGUUUCAUAGAAUACUUCCAUAAAAAAAUAGCUUUUGUAAUAAUCAUUAUCAAUCAUAUACAUUAAAAUAAAAUGUGUGUAUCCAUUUUUUUACUAUUAAGAAAGAGUAUAUUUUCAAAGUGAUUAUUUUUCAGGACAUGGCAUGAAUUAAUACAGAAUAUGGAAUUAUUCUGUUUUAAAAUAUUUUAUUUAUUGAAUUUCAUUAUUAAAGUUUUUUUUUGAACUUGUAAAUAGUACUUCUAUUUUUUUGCUUCUUCGUUCAUUAAAAGUAAAUAAAAAAAAUUUUGACUCUUAUUAUUUUUAUUGGUUGUAAAAUGACAAUGUAUUUCAUAUACAAAUAAUGUGAUCUUUGAAUACGCCUAUCAAAUAUUGAAAAAUAGUUUGGUUGUUGUAUUUUUUAUAAGCUUUCACUGAAAUAAUUUACUUAAUCAUACUACUUGAAAAUCAUCAUGCAUAAAAAACUGUAAUAUAAAAUAAAUUUACGAUUUAUUAAAAAUUUAAUGAAAUUGCAAUUUUAGAUAUAAUUAUGCUCAGAAAUAUAAGGUUGAAUAAGAGUUUUUUUAAUCAAGUUAUGCAACUUCUCUUCUUUUAGUUGCGUAAAAAAAUUGUUUUGCCAUUUAUUUGUUUUGCUAUUGAAUUGAAUUGUGACUAUUUCUAAAACUAACUCUCUAAAAACUGAACUCUGGUUCAUUUGUAUUAAUAUGAAGUUUAAAUCAAACUACAAUUGAAUUUAAUUGAAAUUAAAUUAAAUUGUGAUUUAUUUGAGUUGAAAUUAAUUUAAAUUUUGACUCAAUUGAGUUGAAAUUUAAUUCAAUUGAAUUCAAAUUAGUAGGGCAUUCUCGAAUCCCUGUAUGAUGGGAUUUCAAAAUACGAGCUAAAAUAGAUAAAUUAAAAAAAAUUAAGCAUGUAUUUAAUCACUGCCUUUCUUAAUAAUAGAGUGUCAUUAUAUGAAAUACAAAUAAUACAUUACAUAACACUCCAUUAAUAAUAUUGAAUCUCCUUUGAACAGACUUAAUUGAUAAUUUAAUUCAUCAUUUAUAAAAUACUGUACAUAAUUUUAGCUUUUAGAAUCAUUGUAGCUUUGUUGAAUGAUUAUUAACCUUUAUUGUUCAUCAGCUUUGUAUUGUAAUGACAGUAUUUGUGGCGAAAAAGAGAGCAUUUUUACUUCAUUUUUCUUUCACGUUCUUUACAGUGAUUUGUGUAUCAUUUGAAAAAUAAAUAAAUUUCUUUUCCA